UUAAUGGGUUCCGCCAGCGAAGAUGAAGAUGACGAUGAUCCGCCACAUUUGCGCGGACCACCGCUCGGUCUUGGCGUUUUAGGUCCAAACGGGCCGGACUCAGCGGGUGGACCGUUGGGUGCAUCCGAUAUUUCAGUACAAAGCAUGAGCACGGAUAGUAAAAAUACGCAUGACGAUUCAGAUCAGGGGUCCUUAGAUGGCGAUCCUGAUGGUCGUGGCGAUUCACAAGCGGAAAAUAAAAGCCCUGAUGAUGCGAAUGGCUCUAAAAGACGCGGUCCUCGUACGACGAUAAAAGCAAAACAAUUGGAAGUACUGAAAACGGCGUUUAAUCAAACACCGAAACCGACACGGCAUAUUAGGGAACAAUUAGCAAAGGAAACAGGAUUACCAAUGCGUGUGAUACAACAAAAACAAGAACACAACUUUGAGAACGUUAGCAUUAAUGAUACAACAAAGUCCAAUAUGACCAAACAACAACAACAAGAACAACAACAAGAAGAAGAACGACAAGAACAAUGCAGGCAGGCAGCAGCAACUACGGUAACUGCCAUUAUUGGUAACAACAGAAAAUGUGGUCAGCCGUAA